AUGCUGCUUCUGCCACUCUUGUUGUUUUUUCCUUCUUUGUUAGGAUUGUUGUUUGCCACACAAAACAGCGCUCUCUAUCGAUAUCCAACAGGCCGUGCUUCGUUUGGUAAAUUCAAGUGCGACCCUUUCUAUUUCUUAUGGGAAGAGAAACUUACAUCGUCCAUGGUGGAAGAUAAGUUGGACUGCACUUUCCUUUGUGUCAGUGAACCAAAGUGCUAUUCGUUCAACAUAGCAGUGUAUCCUGACUCCAAAGGUCUUUAUCUGUGUGAGUUAUUGGCCACAGACAAGUACGGAGAGGCUGAAAAGGUUCAUGCAAAUGUUACCUUCCAUCACUGCAGUCCGUUACUUCCGUGUGUAAGCGCUCCUUGUAAGAACGGAGGUGUCUGUGUUCCUGAAUAUGAAUGGAGCUCCUAUCAUUGUGAGUGUAGACCAGGAUUGUGCGGAACUCACUGCGAAAGGGAAGGAAAUCGAACUUGUAGUGACAUCAAAUACUGCAAUCCUGAGGCUAAAAGUGGCUCUUAUGUCAUCGACCCUGAUGGAGAGGGCGGAGUGAAACCAUUUAAAGUCUUCUGUGACAUGACUGACAAGGGCGGGAUAGGAGUGACAGUUAUCAGUCACGACAGUGAAAACAGAACACUGGUGGCUGGGUUUGACGACCCUGAUAGCUAUUGGCGUAAUGUUACUUAUGAUGAAACCAGUCUAAUUCAGCUAGCAAGCUCAACAGCUUCAUCUUCUCACUGUGAGCAGUUUAUUAAAUACGAGUGCUAUGAGUCAAGGCUCCUUUUCAAUGGUAACAUGUACGGCUGGUGGGUAUCACGUGAUGACGAGAAGAUGGAGUACUGGGGUGGAGUCGACUCUGAUCCAUUGAAAUGUGCAUGUGGGUUGAACAACACGUGCGCGGACAUCAGUUACGGCUGCAACUGCGAUAAGAACGAUGGGAAUUGGCGAGAGGACAGCGGUUUACUAACAAACAAGUCCAAGCUUCCCGUGAUUCAAAUGAGGUUUGGAGAUACCGGUGUAUUUGUGACUCCCUAUGAAUUAGGAUAUCACACGCUUGGAAAACUGGAGUGUUAUGGACUCGCCUAG